AAUAAAAAUAGAUGGAAACACAAAAUGCGAGGGAACUGGUGACGGUAACAGAGGUUAUAGCAGAAACGAUGGGAGUUACUUUUUUUAAGAAUUCGCUAAACUCUUUUUAAUAUCCAAAUUCUAUGAACGAACUAUGAAGUUGCAUUUUCCUAACAUGAUCGUAUUUCUUUUUCAUCCAGUAUAAUCUCCUAAUCAUCAUGUUUUAUAAUCCGCGUAACCAUUUAGAAAGUGUGGGGGAGGGGGGGCACUGAUAAAAAGGGCACUUUCUCAUAUAGAACUAUAUCACACUUACUCCGGCCCAUACAUCUGCGAAGACAGUGAAUUUCACUAAAUGGACCUUUUCCGUAGUAAAAAAGUAUACAAAAUCAGCUACUUUGCAUGGCUAUAUUUUCCGUAAGGGAAGUUUGCGGUCAAACUUUGCAAUUAUACUGAUUUCGGUCUGCUCUUUUAAGAUGUGGUGAUUUAUUUCCUUCUUCGGUUACCUAGCUCGUAAGCUGGUCUAUCAGUAUGCAAAAAUCAAACUAGUUUUGCCACAUACAAAUUUCUACUGAGUCUGAGAUGAUGAGAUCGUGUACUCCUGUAGCCCUUUUUUCUUUUGUUAACGAUAAAGCACAUUUAAUGACUCGAAGAAGGGUACGUUCGCUUAAAAAAGAGGGUACAUUUUGGUAUUUUCAAAAAAGUGCCCCCCGGUUCCGCGCCUACUGGAUACAUAUAAUAUAUGAUACGUCGUAUAUGAUGCGAAAGGCCCGCUUACACUUGCGUGAUUUUGUUUUGAGAGUUUGUUUUUAAGGAAUUUGUUACGGGUGGUUAAAUAAGAACUGUUAUUAGCUCUUUUACAUCUAUCAAAAGAGGAAAAUCGCAGCAACAGUUGCAAGUGUAAACGGGCGCGAAGGCAUAUGGGAAUAUACAAUCUAUACAAGAACGAGACAGCAAUAUGUACGAGACUACAAAUACACUUUUAAAAUAUAGCUUUACCAGAUUUCGACAUGACUGGUUGUUCUCAUGCCUUAUGUAAAUGUUAUAAUUAAGAGGUUACAAAAAAAACAAGAAAAAAGGAACUCAAUUCAGUUUGUUCUUUUUAAGCGGACAUAAAAUUUGUAAAAUCAAUCAAGAUGGCGCCAGCAGACUGGUUAUGACGUCAUAUAUGCCACAGAAGAAUUCCUAUAAAGUGACAGGAUGGCCGGAAAAGCAAAGCAGGAGACGCCAGCCAAGAUACAACUCGAGGAGUGCCACAAAGUUGACAACUCUAAGAUUUCUUCUCAACGUGCGAAAGUCCGACACAUCUGCUUCGUACUCUUAUCGCCUGUUUUCAAGAGCUAAGCAUGGCUGGAUGGCGUAAAAUACUCGUGGUUAUCGCAUUCGUGCGAACAGUGUCCGCUUUAUCGUGCACAUCGUGCGAUGAGACAACUUGCGUUGAACCCUUGAAUUGUAAAGCAGGCUUCGUUAAAGGAUUGUGUGGUUGUUGCGACGUCUGUGCGAAAUUGGAGAAUCAAAGAUGUGGAGGUCUUUGGUACAUUCAUGGCAAGUGCGCCAAUGGAUUGAAAUGCGUCACACGAACACAGCGGGAAAAUCAAGACGGAUUUCUACCAGACCAUUUCAAAAUUGGCGUUUGUGAACCCGAUGCCUGUCAAAACAUCACAUGCGGUUUUCGUCAAAAUUGUAAGACCAAUAAACGUGGUGAACCUGUCUGCGUCUGCCCGCGAGGAUGUGGAAAGGCAAAGCAUCCGGUAUGUGGAUUACUUAAUGGCAGGCAGUACCGAAACAAAUGCAAGCUUCGAAGGGAAGAGUGUUUUACUGAAAUGGAAAUUGGAUUGGUAAAUGGAAAAUGCAAAAAGUGCACCCACAAAGGCAAGGAAUUCAAAUUUGGGGACUCGAGGCCAGAUGCUAAACCGUGUGAAACUUGCGUCUGUCAUCAUGGAUUGUGGAAGUGUGAUAUUCAACCAAGUUGCUUUUUAAACAAUUUGCCAACUCAGUCUGACGAUCUGACUUGUCUGACGUCGCAAGAUGGUAAAAUUCAAGUGCUACCCUGUCCUAGAGGUUUUUCCUGUCGACUUCCCCGUUCGGACAAUUUCCAUGAUUCAUUGCGUGUUGGUAUAUGCAAGCGGAAUAAAGCGACAAAACCAAAAACAGAUUUGCCAUUUCUGGAAGUGAACCUUUCAAUGAACAGGAUUUUUAAAAAACACGAGGAAUACUUGAGCGAAGACGGAAUUGGGGAGAGAAGAAUGCCUUCAGAAUCAGAGUACAAAGAAACACAACUUUUCACUAAAAUGAAGACAACUACCUCCGCUAUUCAUUCCACUUAUGUGCCAACAACCCAACUUAGGAAUAAACAGCAACAAAACGGCGGUUUAAUGAGACGUGUAUGUUUCGCAUUUCCUGACGAGAGGCGGUGCACUUCGGAAACAAUGGUUCGUUGGUACUAUAAUGCAACUACCAGAAACUGUGUUGAGUUUAACUAUGGAGGAUGUGGUGGAAACUUUAAUAACUUUUUAUCCAUAGAAAUAUGCCAAGCCGUCUGUCAGUCAGACUCGCAUCCUACUGCCUGGCCAUCACCAACUAUUAUGCAACCUUCUCCAGUAUAUGUCAGCUCCAGGAAACCGGGUGAAAAUGAUGUGUCUAACGUUCUGUUGGACAUGUGCCAUGAUAUGAAGUCAGGCAUGUCUUAUCGUGAUGGUGAGAAGUGGCAUGUGGACGCCUGUACAUCGUGCUCGUGUGUCAGCGGUCGUGGUCUCUGUAUUGCGGCAACCUGCCCCAUAACGUGUUUAAAUCCCGUGCAUGUCGAAGGAAGAUGUUGUCCAAUUUGUAAACCUGAAGUAGACGACGAAAUCUUUAUUGACGGUGAAGACACGAGAUGCAGAGAUACGGAAACAAAACUAUGGUUUCAAUCAGGAGAAAGUUGGAAUAAAGAUAAUUGCACGAAAUGCGUUUGUUUCGAGGGUGAAAUAUCGUGCAUGGCCUCAGUUUGUAGUAAAACGAUGUGUUCCGAUCCAAUUAGGAAAGAUGGAGCGUGCUGCUCUGUGUGUCCUGAGGGUGAUGAGCAAGUUGUUCAACCAACGAAGAAAGAAAGAAAUGUUGAGUGCAAAGAUAUAGACACCGGUAAACGGCACCUGCCUGGGGAAGGCUGGAAUAUGAAUGACUGCGUGAGUUGUUUUUGCGAUGAAAAUGGACAGCAAAUGUGUUACGAAUCGAAAUGUUCCGUACCAAAAUGCAAGAAUCCUGUCCACUUGCAAGGAAGAUGCUGUCCAGUCUGCCCUGAAGCUUUUCAUUCAGUAUGUGUCUAUGAUAAUCACCAAUAUUUCCAAGGCGAUUUUAUGCUCUUGAGAGAUAUGUGCACAUUAUGCAAAUGUAACGGAAACAUGUGGAACUGCACCAAGAAACAUUGCAACAAAACAGUUUCUAUGUUUUUCAAACGGAAGCAAACGGCUCUUUCGAAACAAGGCCCGACAGUCAACACAAAAUCGUUCAUCAAUACAGAACUGAUGGAAAAUAUUCGGACUGAUGAUAGCUCUGAAGAUGAUGACGACUACAUCAUAGAAGAUCCCGAAAGAAUGACAAGACAAUUCAUCGAGAAAUUUAGUCUAGCACAAGAUGGAGUCGAGGGAAACAAUGACAGUCGUAUUGAAAUGGAGAAUAUAUUGAAGGCGAUGUUGCAUAAAAACAAACCAACGACGCCCUUUGCAACGUCAGAAGAUAGUCAAAGCAACUCAAAAGAUAAACAUAAUGAUCCCAACAAAGACGACAUUGAAGACCCAACUGAAAGGAUAUCUCAGGAGGAAACUCUGCCAUGGUCGAAGGAUUUCGACGACGAAAUGUGGUCGAACUGGGAUGAUCCUUCUUAUACUGAUCGUUUCUCACAAGACAAAACUGAUCCAACGGAUGUUUUUGGCAGGAAACACCUGUAGUAUACGUUAUACAGACAUUCGCUCUACAAUAGUGGCCAUAUUGAAUUUAAAUAUACCUUGGAUAUGGCAAUCAUGGAACGUGGCCUCAGAUGUAGUGUGUAUACUUUAUUUGAGCAGAGUAGCCCAUGCAUUCAGCUGAAGCCAGUGAACUGGCUAAAGCUGGUACUGUAAUAUUUGAACCGUGAUGGCGACAACUAAUCUAUUCAUUGUCAUUGACAUUCCGAACAUUGUAGAAGAAGAAUACAGACCAACCUUUCUCUGCGUUUGUUACAAAUAAUACCAUGACUACAAAUAAUAUGGAGGAGCUUAUAAACUGCAUGUUUAUGUAAAAUAAUCAGACCUGUUUGUAAAAUAUAUUUGUAUUACUAUUUCCUUGAUAUGUAAUAUCAUUCGCGUAAACAAAG